AGCGUGAAUAAAACCUGUGCGGUUUGGCUCUUGAUGUUACAUUCACCGAGCUCAGCUGUGCAGAGAAACACCCUCUUAACUUCUCCGACAGACACACCAGAGACUCACCUGCACAGAAAUGGAUGACGACGUUGCAGCCCUCGUUGUUGACAAUGGCUCCGGUAUGUGCAAGGCUGGUUUUGCCGGAGACGAUGCCCCCCGCGCCGUCUUCCCCUCCAUUGUCGGUCGCCCCAGACAUCAGGGUGUGAUGGUAGGAAUGGGACAGAAGGACAGCUAUGUGGGAGACGAGGCCCAGAGCAAGAGGGGCAUCCUGACUCUAAAAUACCCCAUCGAGCACGGCAUCGUCACUAACUGGGAUGACAUGGAGAAGAUCUGGCAUCACACUUUCUACAACGAGCUCCGUGUUGCACCUGAGGAGCACCCGGUCCUGCUGACCGAGGCUCCUCUCAACCCCAAGGCCAACAGGGAGAAGAUGACACAGAUCAUGUUUGAGACUUUCAACUGCCCUGCCAUGUAUGUGGCCAUCCAGGCCGUCCUGUCUCUGUACGCCUCCGGUCGUACCACAGGUAUUGUGAUGGACUCUGGUGACGGUGUCAGCCACACUGUGCCCAUCUACGAGGGCUACGCUCUGCCUCACGCCAUCCUCCGUCUGGAUCUGGCUGGCAGAGAUCUGACUGACUAUCUGAUGAAGAUCCUCACUGAGAGAGGCUACAGCUUCACCACCACCGCUGAGCGUGAGAUUGUGCGUGACAUUAAGGAGAAGUUGUGCUACGUGGCUCUGGACUUUGAGCAGGAGAUGCAGACUGCAUCUUCCUCUUCCUCCCUGGAGAAGAGCUAUGAGCUUCCUGACGGACAGGUCAUUACUAUCGGCAAUGAGAGGUUCCGAUGCCCCGAGGCACUCUUCCAGCCUUCCUUCCUCGGAAUGGAAUCUGCUGGAAUCCAUGAGACAACCUACAACAGCAUCAUGAAGUGCGACGUGGACAUCCGUAAGGACCUGUACGCCAACACCGUGCUGUCCGGUGGCACCACCAUGUACCCCGGCAUCGCUGACCGCAUGCAGAAAGAGAUCACCGCCCUGGCCCCACCCACAAUGAAAAUCAAGAUCAUCGCUCCCCCAGAGAGGAAGUACUCUGUCUGGAUCGGCGGCUCCAUCCUGGCAUCCCUCUCCACCUUCCAGCAGAUGUGGAUCAGCAAGCAGGAGUACGACGAGUCCGGCCCCGCUAUUGUCCACCGCAAGUGCUUCUAGAAAGCUCCACAUCUUCCUUCCCAGGGGGAAGUUGCAAUGCUUUUCAGCUGUUCCAUAUAACUACAACCAUAUCUUGUGUGAACAGACUCAAAGAUAGGAAAUGCCAAACCAAGAUGAAUGGAGAUACUGUUUACAUUUUUUAUUUCCUAGCAACUUGCCAAAACUUCCUGCAAACACCAUUUCUGAACAUGUUCCACGAACUGUGCUUAUGACUUUCACGCCCUCUGGCAAUCAACUGCUAACGUUCAACGGAAGCACUGUCUUUUUCUAUUGGUCUUUCUACCUUUUAUAAAUCCAAUGCACACAAUUCCAAAUCAAUAUCUGGCUGUUGUAUCAGUUUUCUAAAGGAUUGUCUUCCUAAUAAAUGCCAACAUUUGAUGUUUACA